CGGCGGCGACGGAUGCUGCAGGUGCCAUGAGCUCCCCAGACGGGCCAAGCUUCCCGUCAGGGCUGCUGUCAGGGGGCGCCUCCCCCAGCGGUGACGAGGGAUUCUUCCCCUUUGUGCUGGAGCGUCGCGACUCAUUCCUGGGAGGGGGCCCCGGGCCUGAGGAGCCUGAGGACCUGGCCCUGCAGCUGCAGCAGAAGGAGAAAGACCUGCUGUUGGCCGCGGAACUCGGCAAGAUGCUUCUGGAGCGCAACGAGGAGCUGCGGAGGCAGCUGGAGACGCUGAGUGCCCAGCACUCCGAGCGUGAGGAACGGCUCCAGCAAGAGAACCAUGAGCUCCGCAGGGGCCUGGCAGCCCGAGGAGCCGAGUGGGAGGCCAGGGCUAUAGAGCUGGAAGGGGACAUGGAGGCCCUGCGGGCCCAGCUGGGGGAGCAGCGCUCGGAGCAGCAGGACAGCGGGCGUGAACGGGCACGAGCCCUCAGCGAACUCAGCGAGCAGAACCUCCGGCUCAGCCAGCAGCUGGCCCAGGCCUCCCAGACUGAACAGGAGCUUCAGAGGGAACUGGACACCCUUCGGGGGCAGUGUCAGGCUCAGACUCUGGCCGGGGCAGAGCUGAGAACACAGCUGGACAGUCUGCAAGCGGAGAACCAGAUGCUCCAGAGCCGCCGGCAGGACCUGGAGGCCCAAAUCCGUGACCUCCGUAAGGAGGUGGAAAAGGGCCGGGGCAGGCUGCAGACCACUCAUGAGGAAGUGUUAUUGCUGCGAAGACAGAGGCAGGAGCACAAUCUUGAGCUGGAACGCGCGCGCUCCGAGUCUGGGGAGGCGCUGAGCGCGCUGCGGAGGCUGCAGCGGCGCGUCUCGGAGCUGGAGGAGGAGUCGCGCCUCCAGGACGCCGGCGUGCCGGGCACCUCGCUGCAGUCGGAGCUUGCCCACAGCCUUGACAGCGACCAGGACCAGGACGGCGACGGACGCGGAGACGCCCAGACCAUCCUGUCCCCGGAGAUCCAAGAGACGUCCAGCCCCCAGCUUUCAUCCCAGGAGGAGAGCUUAGAACCCCCCAAGAAGCGAGCAUCCCUGAGCCCAGCGGAGAUCCUGGAGAAGGAGGCAGAAGUGGCCAGGCUGCAGGAUGAGGUUGUGCUGCAGCAGGCAGAGCUGCAGUCCCUGCGGGAGGAGCUGCAAAGGCAGAAGGAGUUGCGGGCGCAGGAUGACCCUGAGGAGGCCCUGAGCAGCGCCCUCUCGGACCGCGACGAGGCCGUGAACAAGGCCCUGGAACUGUCCCUGGAGCUCGGCCGCGUCACGCUGGAGCGGGACUCUUUGUCCCGGGAGCUGUUGCGCACGAUCCGCCAGAAGGUGGCGCUGACGCAGGAGCUGGAGGCCUGGCAGGACGACAUGCAAGUGGUGAUCGGGCAGCAGGUGCGCUCGCAGCGCCAGAAGGAGCUGAGUGCGGCGGCGACAGCCCCGCGCCGUGGCGCGCCCCGCUUCUCGCUGCGCCUGGGCCCCGGGCCUGCCGGUGGAUUCCUCAGCAACCUCUUCCGAAGGACCUGAGGGCCAGGCCGAGGGGGCCACCCUUGUCCCUCUGGGGUUCACUUUCUUCUGGCCAACGGAGCGACAGGGCCCGAAUGUCUUCCAAGGGGGGCUGAUGCCCUCCCCACCCCUGGAGGCUGGGCAGGGACGCUUCGGGAGCAGGGACCGGCUUUAGGGGCCUGGGGCCCCAGGUGGGUGGCAGGGGCAGAUGGAGCAGAGGUGUCUAUUCUUCAAAUCUGUAUAGAUCUAUCUUUUCUAA